AUGUCCUUCCUUAACAGAAACAACUUGUUCGGUGGCUCUGGUCAGCAACCUUCACGCGAUCAAUACGGUCAGCAACCCUCUCCGCAACGUGGUGCCCGUCCGUCUUAUCCUCCACGCGGAGGCGGCGGUGGCAGCGGCUACGACACACAUAUGAAUGGUUACGACUCUCCUCGGCAAGGCUACGGCAGUCCUGGCCUGCCCGCGAGAAACAUGCCUCCUCGGCCCAUGGGCCAUCAGCAGAGUCCAAGUCGAGGUGCGCCAGCGAGAGGCCAGGGUGCUGUUAUGACCCUGCAACCUGCAAAAUCUCCAGACAACUCAUAUACCUUCCGCAACCUCGCUGCUGUUUCUUCGCAGGACGUUCCUCCUUCCUACGAUGGCACUGACGUCUUCCUGCUUAUCAACGGCAUGUAUGUCCUCUCGGCUCGACCUCUCGAUGCAUUCCCUCGAGGCACCAUCGGUCUUUCAGAACCGCAAAGAUCUUGGAUGGGUGUAGCCUUGACAGAUGUACUGCAGGCAGAAGUCUACGAUCCCUUCAGCCAAGGGGCGCAGGCAUAUAUUGGUGCGAUGGAUAUCGAAAUUGGUUUUGCAAGCACGAGGAAAACCACAGACACGCCCUACGAUCAAGAUGAUCUAGCCAGAGAGAUUACAAAAUUAUUCAACAGCCAAAUGUUCGCUCCCGGUCAGCGAUUCCUGAUGGACCUCAAAAGUAUUCCCUUGAACCUCACCGUCAAGACAGUGCAGCUGGCAGACCUGAGUGAAAAGGCCGCGCCCACGACAUCUGAUCCUCAUGCGCGAGGCAUUUUGACCCCUCAAACCCAGAUCAACUUUUUCAAGGACGGAAAGACCACUAUAAAUCUCAAGGCAUCCUCUCGUCGGCCUGCAGCCAAUUCUAUCAUCGCUCCCGAUUUCAAGUUUGAAGAUAUGGGCAUUGGUGGUCUAGAUGCCGAAUUUGUUACCAUUUUCCGAAGAGCAUUCGCCUCCCGCGUUUUCCCCCCAGGACUCGUGGAAAAGUUGGGUAUUCAGCACGUGAAGGGUAUCUUGCUCUACGGUCCCCCGGGUACUGGGAAAACAUUGAUUGCGCGCCAGAUUGGCAAAAUGCUCAAUGCCAGAGAACCCAAGGUUAUUAAUGGCCCUGAAGUACUGAACAAAUAUGUCGGCCAGUCUGAAGAAAACAUUCGAAAGCUCUUUGCCGAUGCGGAGAAGGAAUACAAAGAGAAGGGAGAUGAAUCCGGCCUCCACAUCAUCAUUUUCGACGAAUUGGAUGCUGUCUGUAAGCAAAGAGGCAGCGGUGCCGGCGGAGGCACGGGUGUUGGAGAUAGUGUGGUCAACCAGCUCCUCUCCAAGCUCGAUGGCGUGGAUCAGCUAAACAACAUCCUUCUGAUUGGCAUGACGAAUCGGAAAGAUAUGAUUGACGAUGCUCUCCUGCGGCCGGGCCGUCUUGAGCUACACAUGGAGAUAGCCCUGCCAGACGAACACGGCCGAGCGCAGAUUCUGAAGAUCCACACCCAAAAGAUGCGUGACAACCAGGUACUCGACCCAGACGUCGACCUUCUGGAUCUCGCCCACAGGACCAAGAACUUUUCAGGGGCCGAAAUUGGCGGUCUAGUCAAAUCCGCCACAUCGUUUGCUUUUUCUCGGCAUAUCAAGGUUGGGACGAUGGCGGGAAUUACGGACGACGUGGCAAACAUGAAAGUCAAGCGUGCCGACUUUGAAAACGCUCUGGAAGAGGUGAAACCGGCCUUUGGCGUGUCGGAGGAAGAGCUUUCGUACUGCCUCCGGGGAGGCGUCAUACACUUUUCACAGUACAUCAAGGACGUUCUUGAGGAAGGAAAACUCUUUGUGGAACAGGUGCGAAACCCUGACUCUACGCCGCUCUUCUCGGUUUGUCUGCACGGGCCUGCUGGCUGCGGAAAGACGGCGCUUGCAGCAAAGAUCGCCAUUGACAGCGGUUACCCUUUCAUCAAGCUGGUCAGCAACAAGGACACCUUGGAAAUGUCCGAAUCCCAGAAGAUUUCCUACCUCAGCAAGGUGUUCAUGGACGCAUACAAAUCGCCAAUGUCGUGCGUGGUCCUGGAUGACGUUGAAGAAUACAUGGAGUGGACACCCAUCGGCCCUCGAUUCUCCAACCCCAUAUUGAAAACCCUGGUGGCACUGUUACGCAAAGCCCCUCCGCCGGGACGAAGCCUGCUUAUUAUUGUGACAGCGACGGAACGUUCAGUCCUGCAACAACUGGAUUUCUGGCGGCACUUCAAUAGCGACAUUCCCGUCGCCAAUGUACGCACCUACGACGAGCUGGAAUUUGUCAUGAACGAAUCCAGGGCAUUUGAAGCCGGGGAAAUCUCCAGGGCAGUUGCGGAGAUCCGGGAUAUCACACGCAGCGAGGUUGUGGGAGUGGGCAUCAAGCAUGUGCUACAGGCAAUUGAGACAGCCAAAUUUGACGCCGAUCGUGUCACUCGGUUUGCAGGGACUUUGAGCAGGGUCAUUGCUGAGCGCGGCGAAGGCAGUGGGUUUCGUUGA